CCUCCACUCCUGUCGUAAACCGGAAGUAAAUUUACGGCAAACAACGUGUGACUCGCUGUACUGCGUUUCUACCGCGGGCUGCACAUUAAAGUACGCAUCAACCAUUUGCAAAACACAAUGAAUUCUCCUGAAGGGUCCCUCAGUUCUACUCCGAAAAAGUCAAAAAAGAAAAGGAAGAGGUCGUUGAGUCCGGAGCGAGCUCCUGUGGCAGUAGACAUAGACACAACCGAGAAAGUAAAGAACAGCAAGAAAAAGAAACUAAAAGAGAGCAGGGGCCUCUCCAAUGUAUCUCCUGCUGAUGCUCAUGUAGAGGUAAACAGUCAGAAAAAGAAGAAGAAGAAGAAGAAAAAGGAGAUCCACGAGGAGAGAGGAGAAAAUGAAGAAGAUACGGAAGAGCCUGCAGACGAGGGUGAAAAUGUGAAUAAAGAGACAUGGUGUGAACCGGUCACUGAAGAUUACGACGAGUUGGAGGAGCUGCAAGAGUUUAUUCCUAAUGUGAAGAAAAGAUCGGUGGAGGAGAUCAACAAGCUGCUGCGGUACGACCUGCAGCGCUUCAGGGACUUCAAAGCGCAGGGAAUCUCAGUACGUAACGGGAGGUGCACAGAGGAGGAGACUCAGCGGAUCAGAAAGAACGUGUCAGACUUCCAGGUUCUGACUGGCAUCACUUCAGCCACUCAGUUGUUUUUCCCCGAGAGAUUCAAGGAGCAGACGGCGCACACCAAGAAGCUGAGAGUGCAGCAUCGGUUCUUUGAGAGGAUUGCUGAAGGAAUUCCAAGGACAUGCCAUCAAGUUUACGUCAGAGCUAAGAAGCUGUUUGACGACAGAAACCACAUGGGAAGAUUCACAGAGGACGAGAUUAGUUCUCUGGUCAAAUUACAGACGCUCCACGGUAACGACUGGAAGACGAUCGCUGCAAAGAUGGGCCGCAGCAUCUACGCUUUAGAGAAACGCUUUGCAACCUUAGUCCAAGGUCACGGCUCAUGGAGUUCAGACGAAGAGUCCAAACUGAAGGAGGCUCUGAGGGCUCACCUGAAGAUCGUGGCCGAGCAGAAUCCCGAAGGUUCUCGUCUGACCAGAGAGCAGCUGUGUAACAAUCUGCCCUGGAAGAAGAUCAGUCAGCAGGUCGGAACCAGAUCCUGGUGCCAAUGUCGCCUCAAGUGGUUCUCCAUCCUGAAGACCAAACUGUCGUCCAUUGGCAGCACCUUCAAAAAAGGACCUGAAGGAAUCCAGGCCAAAAUCAACCUCAUCAACACAUUGUACAACAAGGGUGUAGACGACGCUGCGCUGAUCGACUGGGAUGAAGUAGCCCAGUGCGUUGGGAAUGCGACUCCCGUUUGUCUACAGAAGACUUUUCACCGCUUGAAAGUUUCCAGAGUUCACCAUUGGACCAAAUUAACUUGUGGAGAAAUCAUUGACAUCUUGCAUGACAGGGAGGUUCCUCUGCUGGUGGAGCAACUGAGGAAGAUGAAGGAGGCAAGGCAGGAGCAGCAGCAGCAGAAGAUUGAGGAGGACUCAGAGGAGGAGAGGUACCUGCUCUCUGACAUCUUUGCCUCUUCAACCGAGCACAAGGAUUACGUCGAGGUGGAGAACACUGACAGUACGUUACAGUUGUCGAGAGAGCCGGCAGUCAAGUUUAAGAAGUUGAGUUCGAAGAAGUGACAUGUUACAGUGUGAAGUGAAGACACUGUGGGACUGGAUCAUAGUUUUCAUUUAAAUACAAUAGCUGAAAUGACUUGACGUGGUUAGUAGCAUUGACUGGUGUGACAAUAUUCAUACUGCAGUACAAUAUAAAAGUACACAAAUACAUACACUUUUAACAUGACCAUUUAAUGUAUGUGUUUUCCAUUGUGCUAAUGUUUGUUUCACUAAUUAAAAAAAAAA